ACAUUACACGAAGAAGAGGAGGUUCGUUUACGGAGGGGGGCAAACAACACCACCAGGGGCUAAAAGACUUCCUCGCUGGGAGGCAGGAAUAAGGACGAUUGUGGGGGUGUAACGUGCUCCUACCAGUCGAUGACUCCUCGCUCUUGUGUCUAUUUUGUAGGCGAUGACUAAAUAUUAGCGGUAAAGACAAGCCCCGCUCUUAAAAAGUUGUCACAUUUUGACAGGAAACAAGCGAACACCCGACAAGCUCUUUGCUAAGCUCACUUCGCUACCUACAAGUUGAAUUAUCUUGUUUUUUUAAGAAGGCAUUUUAAGGAUUACAUGUUACUGUGACUCCAAGACAAGAACGCGUCAAUAUAAAGAUGGAUCUGCGGUUAAUUGGGCUAGCGUUGUUGUUAGCGCUACUAGGUGGCAGCGGAGCGCAACAAGAGGGAAGCUCGUGCAUCAAGGCUAACGCUCAGUCGUGUGGGGAUUGCAUCCAAUUGCCCGAGUCAUGCGGAUGGUGUACGGAUGAGGGCUUCCUCUCGGUCGGCGAGUCAAAGUCCGCCCGCUGUGACGACAUUGAGUCCCUAAAAGCCAGGAAGUGCGACGUGACCAAGAUUGAGAACCCACGCGGGAGCAUUACCAUCAACAAGGACAUACCUGUCACCAACCGCAACAAGGAUCAGACAGAUAAGCCCAAGCCUGAGCAGAUCACACAGAUUCAGCCCCAGAAACUCACUCUGACGCUCAGAUCGGGAGAGCCUCAAACUUUUGAUCUGAAAUUCAAGCGAGCGGAAGACUACCCUAUCGACCUCUACUACCUCAUGGACCUGUCCUUCUCCAUGAAGGAUGAUCUGGACAACGUCAAGAACCUUGGAACAGACCUGAUGAAGGAAAUGCAGACCAUCACCUCUGACUUCCGGAUUGGCUUCGGCUCCUUCGUGGAGAAGACGGUGAUGCCUUACAUCAGCACCACUCCUGCCAGGUUUAAGAACCCCUGCACGGGCAACCAGAACUGUACCAGCCCUUUCAGCUACAAGAACGUCCUCAAGCUGACCAACAAGGGGGACGAGUUCAACCAGCUCGUCAGUCAGCAGCAGAUCUCAGGGAACCUGGACUCUCCUGAGGGAGGCUUCGACGCCAUCAUGCAGGUGGCCGUGUGUGAGGAGCAAAUCGGCUGGAGGAACGUCACCCGCCUGCUGGUGUUUUCUACCGACGCUGGGUUCCAUUUUGCUGGGGAUGGAAAGCUGGGCGGCAUCGUCCUCCCCAAUGAUGGAAAGUGUCACCUGGAGAACAACAUGUACACCAUGAGUCACUACUACGACUACCCCUCCAUCGCCCAUUUGGUGCAGAAGCUGAGCGACCACAACAUCCAGACCAUCUUUGCCGUCACGGAGGAAUUCCAGCCGGUUUACAAGGAGCUGAAAAAUCUCAUUCCCAAAUCGGCCGUCGGCACGCUGUCGUCCAACUCCAGCAACGUGAUCAAGCUCAUCAUCGACGCUUACAACUCUUUGUCGUCUGAAGUCAUUCUGGAAAACAGCAGGCUCCCAGAAGGCGUUUCCAUCACCUACAAGUCCAUCUGUAAGAAUGGUGUGGAGGGAACCGGCGAGAACGGCAGGAAGUGCUCCAACAUCUCCAUCGGAGAUGAAGUCACCUUUAAGAUCUCAAUCGAGUCCCAGAAGUGUCCAGCACAAGGCAAGGCCGAGAGCAUAAAGAUCAAACCUCUGGGUUUCACAGAGGAGGUGGAGGUGGUCCUCAACUUCAUUUGCAACUGCCAGUGCUCCACUGAGGGCAAGCCCAACAGCAAGAAGUGUGACAAGGGCCACGGCACCUUCGAGUGCGGCGCCUGCAAGUGUAACGAAGGGCGUAUCGGGCGCCUAUGCGAAUGCAGCACUGACGAGGUGCGGACGGAGGACUUGGACGCCAACUGCAGGAAGGACAACGGCACCGACAUUUGCAGCAACAACGGCGACUGCGUGUGCGGAACCUGCGAGUGUAAGAAGAGGGAGAAUGCCGCCGAGAUCUACAGUGGGAAGUACUGCGACUGUGACAACUUUAACUGCGACCGCUCCAACAACAAGCUCUGCGGAGGACACGGGCGCUGCGAGUGCCGUGUGUGCAUUUGCGACAACAACUACACAGGAAGUGCCUGCGACUGCUCCCUGGACACGUCCACCUGCUUGGCCAAGAACGGUCAGAUCUGCAACGGGCGUGGCACAUGCAACUGCGGCAUCUGCAAAUGCACCAAUCCGAAAUUCCAAGGCCCCACCUGCGAGAUCUGCCCCACCUGCCCCGGGGUUUGCGCCGAGCACAAGGAGUGUGUGCAGUGUCAAGUUUUCCAGGCCGGCGAGAAGAAGGACACGUGCGAGCGCGACUGCAGCGACUUUGUGUUUAUCAAGGUGAAGGACCGUUCAAAGAUGCCUCAACCCACCGACCAGAGCUUCCCGCUGACCCACUGCAAGGAGCGCGACGCCAACGACUGCUGGUUCUACUACACCUUCGCCAUCAGGAACGACACCAAGGAGGUCUACGUGUUGGAGAUGCUGGAGUGCCCAGCCGGCCCCGACAUCAUCCCCAUCGUGGCGGGCGUGGUAGCGGGCAUCGUACUGAUCGGCCUGGCCCUGCUGCUCAUCCUCAAGCUGCUCAUGAUCAUCCACGACCGCCGAGAGUUUGCCAAGUUCGAGAAAGAGAAGAUGAACGCCAAGUGGGACACGGGGGAGAAUCCCAUCUACAAAAGUGCUGUUACGACGGUGGUCAAUCCAAGGUACGAAGGCAAAUGAUGGAGCACUGUCUUCUCUGCCAUGGAAACACUGUAUGGAGGAGCAAAAGAACCUGGGCUGGUCUGAAUGAGGGGAGGCAGCAGGCUGUAAUUUUCUCACUUUUUAAUACUUUUUUUUCUGCUCACCAAAUGUUAGUCCUACUAUUUCAUUUGGUCCCAAUAACUCUGGCUAUGCAACAUCCCCAUUUUGUACAGUCUUGUCUAUGUAUGGGCUUUUAUUCCUAUUUUGUAUGGUUUUAAAUGCUUUUAAAUGUGUGUGGUACGGAACCUUAGGUUUUUUGUUUUUGUUUUUUCGUGAAGUCAUUUUUGUAAGAAGUUGUCAUAAGAAAGAUUCUAGUUUAACACAGACGUGUACGCAACAUGAGUGUAGUGUUUGUCGUCCCUUGCAGAGCUAAAGUGUUAUGUCUGGGUUCUGUGUGAAGCCAUAUGAAUGUUCACGGAGCACGGGUGCUUGUUUCCCAGCAUGCAACAAUCAGUUGAAAAGGAAAAGACAGAUGUACUUUUAAUUGUUGUCUUUAGUGCCACCUUUUGAGUUUUUUUCAAAGCCAACUCAGGUCCUUAACUCUUGACAGCAUUGCCAAAUAAUCACAUACAUGCCUUUUUAUUUCUUUUUCUUUGACAUUAGUAACUCAAUGGCAACGUAAAGUCACAGGACAUAACGAUUGUCAUCUAGAUCAGGGGUUAGGGAACGUUGUAGAUUUAUUUCAAUGUUUUUUUUUAAUGUUAAGACCGAAAGAUUCCAUUUUAUGGUGUUUUCAAAAUGUCCUUUUUUUUAAGAAAAAUUACACAUCCACAAUUGCCAUUCUUGUACUUCAUUAAUUAUUUAUUGAAUAAAAAAAAUCUAAUAAUUA